AUGGAGAGUGAACUCCCGAGGAAAUCACCCACAGGUGCUCAGUUGGGUUUAGGUGUGCGAAGUGCGGCACUAUACGUUAGUGAAAGGCAGCAAUCGAACGGCAGUGAAUCUAAAUGGCUAGGAGCCUGUGAUGAUCAGCUAGCUGUGGACCUUAGCAAGCUAUGCGUUUCCAAUAAACGUUGCAUAAUAAAUGAUCGAGCUACUCGUACUCCAUCAAACGACGAGAUCGACGAUGAUGAUGAUAUUCUCAGUUCAGACGAUGAAGAGAUGGAUGAGGAAGCAAAUGAACAUUGGAGAGAGGUCCUUUUGUCAAGGUUAAACUGGGAUAGACUUUCACCUGUCAUUCCACCGAAUUUGCAAUAUUUCAAAGACGUGGAAUUCGAUGAUGAGCACAUGUACGAUGUUAAACAGAAUCAGGUUAAGUCGCCGCUCGAUUUUGUGCCAGAAAACUUGAUAUCUGACCUGACUCGCAGUGAUCUGGUUUCUCCUACACGAAAUAAAGGUAAACCAAAUGCUAAGGGUUCCAUAUCUUAUGAUCCAGCAGUUGGUAGUCUGCUCAUUACGGGUGCGGUACAAACAAUUCCAGACCUAAGAAAUAAUUACAACCAGCAUCAUAUCAUAGCAUUCAGUUGUGGGAAGACUAAUUCGAUACUGAAGAUAGGUCUUUUAGAGUAUACGUCGCCAAGUUCUCUUACGGAACAAAUACGACAAGCCGCGUCCAUUCAAUUGGGAUCCACGAUCAAAGGAAUCAAGUUGCCAGAAUACUCAUCGAUGCUUGAUAGGAGAAGCGAUUUGAUAGGCGUUAUGACAGAAAGUGCGCUUCAUGUAAUCAAGAUUGAGUGCAUCACAUCACGCAUGGAGAUCAAGACAAGCGUAUGUGAGCCUCUCCCGUUCCAGGAUUUUAGCGAUUUCCCGUUUGCUGAUUUUGCAUUCAACCCCUGGGACCUUCAGCAGUUUGCAGUUAUAGAUGUUAAAGGAAACUUCGGAAUCGGUCGUCUACCUAAAUCGUUUAAAAUAGGUCACAAGGCUCGCAUUCUUCGAGAAUAUGGCGGGAGCAUAUUCGACCCCGAAGAAUUGUCGAAUUGGAAGAAAAUAGAAUGGUCUUCUUCGUUUUCUAGGCUGCUGGUAAUGGAUAGGUCAAAGAUGAUUGAACUUGACUUUAGGCAAGAUUGGCAAUUGGAAGUAAUACAGAGUAAGACUUGGUCUAGGUUGCUAGAUUAUCAAAGGUUGGAUGAUGAUUAUGGAAUACUUUUGACAAGUAGGGAAAUCAUAGUGAUCAGUACAAAACAAACGUCGGAGCAUAUUAGUAGAGAAGUAUCAUGGAAGCAUGAUUUGGACCCUAACGACUCGACACUCAGAUUUUGCAUACGAAAAGUGAACUCUGGGGGCAAAAAACUGUUACUUGUCAGCAUAUUCUCUAGGAACCAUUCCUUCCUCUACAUUCAUCCCUUCUUGAUGAAUGGUGAUGAAUCAUUAAUCCAGUCUGCGGGUAGUUCAACCAUUUUGCAAAUUCCACAUAUCAAAAAUGGCUUACGCGGUAUUUGGUUGCAUGAUUCAACGAUAAAUGACCUUAAUGAAAGUCAAAAAUUAGACAUUUUUCAAGAAGUAUGUCUCAGCCUUUUCGUUAAUGAAACUGAUGGUGGAAAACUUUGGCAUUACAUAAUCUCUAAUGACAGCACCAAACUAGAGAAUUGGGGGACGUACACUGAUGCCUCGAGGACCAAUCUUUCAGAUGUAGAGAUUGAUGUCUUAUGGCCAAAGCACAUGCACCAUAAGCUCGAUCAGAUAAAAAAAUCGAUUACUUUUACAAAGACUGAUAAGGAGGACACGGCUGCGGAAGAUAAGCUUUUGCAGGCUUAUGGCUAUCAGCUGUCUGAAGCAAUAAAUGAACUCCUCAUUGACUGGAAUGACCCGCAAGAAUCAUUACUUGGAACUCAGCCGCUGAUCAAGGACCUCGUAGAAAUUCCACAUGACUUUAAUCUAAAGGAAUUUGGCUCGAUGCUUUCGCAGCUUUUUAAUCAUUACCACGAUCAAGCAUUGGUCUUCACUAAGUUUGAUACAAUUUCAUCGCCUAUACUGUACGAAAAGAUCGAAGAUUUAGAAAUGCUUUACAACAAACUAUUGCAGUGUUGGGAUUUGGUGACACCAGAUUCUGAAAUUUUGACCCAAGGUGUGAUCAAGCAUGUCAUCUACAGUUGUCUUCGCCUCUGGAAACCAUCUCUGUACAAGGCUAAAGAGACACAGAUAUUCGAUUCCUUAAGCAAACCAUAUCGUAAUAUUAUUGGCAUGUGGGAUGAUGAUGAUACUGAUUUAAUUCGACCACAGACGGAUACAACUUCCGCUGAUUACUCAGGCAUCCUCGCAAGCAGCCAGUCACAGAUACCUACUAUUAAAUCUUCACAGUCACGUCCUGCAAAGAAACAUAGAAUGGUGGCCGCUGGACUUACCACAGGCAGAGUAUCAAAGCCCUCCAGUAACAUAUCAUCUCUUCGAGAUACAGGUUCGACUUUCUCAAUGCUUUCGUCUUCCCAACCAUCCAAUACCUUGCCAGACACAAUGACACCAGCAUUUACUUUGAUGCACCCUCCAAGUGCUUCACUAUCACAGUCACAAAGCUCUCAGCGGUCAAGACGUAAGAAGAAGAGAGUCGGAGGGUUUGGUUAG